UCAUCAUCGCCAUCAAAGCUUUCGGGCACAUGCGAUCCUUUCAAGAGCAAAGCGAAGUCUACUUCCGCUACCACUCCCUCUCGCAACCUGCAUCCUUCUUUCUGUCUUGUUCCGUACCCAGCGCAGUAAGCGCUCCAUUCAUUCAUUCCAUUCACUUUGCAAGACCAAUCACCCACGCUCACAUCUCACCGCCUCGCGAUUCAAGCUCGUCAAGAUGGGUGGCGGUGACCUUAACAUGAAAAAGUCGUGGCAUCCGCUCUUGCAUUCCAAUCAGGAAAAAGUGUGGAAGCAAGAAAAGGCGGCAUUAGCAGAACGACGCAAAUUGGAAGAGCUGAAGAGGGAGAGGGAUCAGGAGAGGGAGAUGAUGGAACUUCAACGCAUACAGGAAGCUGCUGGUGGUAAGAAGAGGGUGGAAAAGUUGGAUUGGAUGUAUGCUACGCCCGCUAGCAAUGCUGGACCCAAUGCUGGCGAGUUGGAAGAUUAUCUGCUCGGCAAAAAGAGGAUCGAUAAACUUUUGAAACAGGAUGAGAUGGCCAGAGUGUCCAAACAUGAUAGCACGGGUCCAGGAUCGGGUGCGCCGGCAGGUCCAAGCUCGUCCAUCAACGCAGCUCGAGACGUAUCCAACAAGAUCCGCGACGAUCCGCUCAUGUCUAUCAAAGCGCAAGAAGCCGCAGCAUAUCAAGCUCUGCUGAAAGAUCCUACACGUCUCAAAGCUCUCAAAGCUGCCGCUGCUGCUAAGGGUGGAGAUGGUUCUCCCGCGGAAGGGGAGAGCAAGGAAGAGAGGAGAAGACGUAAAGAGGAAAAGAGAAGGAGGAAGGAAGAGAGGGAAGGAAGGAGGGAGGAGGAUCGGCAGCGCGAAGGUGAUCGGUACAGGGAUGCGAGGAGGGAGGAAGAUCGGUCUGGACUUCGAGAUCGGGACGCAUACUAUGGGAGAAUGGAAGAUCGCGGUGGACGUCGCGAGCGACCUGAUCGGUCGGAUCGUGCACAUCGGGACGAGCGAGAAGACAGGCAUCAACGAGAUUACGAGAGGUCUCGAAGGGAUGAUUGGUACGAUCGAGGAGGCUAUCGGGAAGGAGAGUCAUCUACUCAGCGUCGAGCCUCGUCUGGACGAGAUGCUCGCCAUCUCAUCGACCGACGUCAACCAUCCUCAGCGCGUCGUCCACAUUCUCGCUCUCCAUCGCGCCACGACGGUGCACGGUCUCGUUCUCGAUCCCCGAUUCGUCCUGCGCCUGCGCCUGCGCCUGCUCCUCCCCUCGACGCUCGCUCCUCUUACCCAGCCGCGUCGGAGCGAGAAGCGAAAUUAGCAGCCAUGCAAUCCAACGCGAGCGCGCUGAACGCAUCACGUCGUUCUCAAUUGGAGAGGGUGCGCGUUGCGGAAGAGGCCGAGUUGGUGAGGGAGGAAGAGCUGCGCAGAAAGUUGGCUUCUAGGAGGGAAAAGGCGGGAGGUGGAGAAGAGGGUGGAAAGGCUACUUUUGUUUUGGAGCAGCAGAGAUUGGCAUAUGGUAUGGGCGCGGGUGCGAGAGGACAAAAGGAUAUGGAGAUGGAUCUGGCUCAGAGACUUAGGAGGGGAGGAAGGGAAGGAUUGCAGAGGAUGGGUGCGGAUUGAAAUGUUC